AUGCCAGCAUUUGCUGUACGCUGUGCAUCCGUGUAUGUAAAUUUUUAUACCGUCUUCCCCAUGAGAGAGGACCAGAGGCUUGAGCUGAUAAAGCUCUUCUUCAGGGAAAAGGGGCUGGUCAGGCAGCAUAUAGAAUCAUACGACUACUUCGUUAAUCACGAAAUAAAGGCACUGGUCAAAGCAAACCAGGUGGUGGACUCAGACAUCGACCAUACAUUCUAUCUUAAGUAUCUGGACAUCCGUGUUGGGAAAUCAAGCAUAGAAGAAAGCAUGGUGAAGUACAACGUAUUUCCGAUUGAAUGCAGGCUGAGAGACAUUACAUAUUCUGCAGAUAUAUAUGUAGAUGUGGAAUAUGUCCGGAACGGACAGAUAGUUGUGAAAAGAGACGUUUGCAUUGGAAAGAUGCCAGUGAUGCUGAGGAGCAGCAAAUGCCACCUUAGCACAGAACACACAGGAGUGAUAGAGAGCAGAGAUACAAAAGCAAAAAAAAUCAGGGAGUCACAGGAGUGCCCUUUGGAUGUUGGUGGAUACUUUGUCAUCAGGGGAAUCGAACGGGUGAUUCUAAUACAAGAGCAACUAUCUAAAAAUAGGAUAAUUAUUGAGUCUGGAGCAAAAGGGCUGUUUGCAUCAGUGACUUCUUCUACCGAUGAGCAUAAGAGCAAAACAUCUGUAACCGUUAAGGACGAUUGCUACUACCUGAAGAGCUCCAUGUUUAAUGAAGAGGUGCCUGUUGUGAUAGUAAUAAAGGCGCUUGGACUUGUACAGGAUAGGGAAAUAGCAGAAUGUGUGGGGAGGGAGUAUUUUGAUAUGAUGGUGCCCAGCUUUGGAGAGUGCAUGGCAAAAGGCGUAUUCACGAAUGAGCAGGCACUGCAUUACAUUGGAAAUUGCAUAAAGCUGAAGCAAGACGAUUGCAAGGUUGAUGAGGUUCGCACCAUCCUUUCAGAAAAGAUCCUGCCGAAUGUCCACAUUGACGGAUGUGAUAUGAGGAAGAAGGGCAUUUAUAUAUCAUUUAUGAUAAGGAGGCUGACACAAACAAGACUAGGCAUUCUGAAAGAGGAUGACAAGGACUUUGUAGGCAACAAAAGAUUUGAGCUUGCGGGCCAGCUACUGUCGAUUCUCUUUGAAGACACAUUUAAGAGAUUCAACUUUGAGCUCAAGAAAUCGAUUGACAAGAUUCUGAGCAAGAGGACGCGGGCACAGGAGUUUGAUGCAUUGACGUUUUUGAGUCUGCAGGCAAACAUGAUCACAUCGACGCUUUCAAGAGCAAUAUCUACGGGCAACUGGAAUCUUAAAAGGUUUAGAAUGGAGAGAAGCGGUGUAACACAUGUUCUAUUGAGGCACUCAUAUAUAUCUGCGCUUGGGAUGAUGACGAAAAUCAACUCACACUUUGAAAAGACACGAAAAGUCAGUGGGCCUCGCUCGUUGCAUACAUCUUCAUGGGGGAUGCUUUGCCCCGUCGAUACACCUGAAGGAGAGUCAUGUGGUCUUGUGAAGAAUCUUGCACUGCUUGCAGAAAUAACCACGGAUUCCGAUGUCAAGCCAAUAAUGGAUCUAAUAUUCAGGCUGGGUGUUGUACAAAUAGAAGCAGUGUACACAAGAGAGAUACACGCAAAUGAUGUAUACAGUGUAUUUAUAAACGGAGAUAUCGUUGGAAUAACCAAUAGAGUUGAUUUUGUUGUUAAUCGGUUCAAGCUCUAUAGACGAAAGGGAUUGAUUGGAAGGUUUGUAUCAAUAUAUAAAGUAGCAUCAGAAAAGAUUGUUCAUAUAGCGUCCGACAAUGGAAGGAUAUGCCGCCCAUUGAUUGUUGUUGACAAAGAAAGAAAGAAUAUGGGCAUUAUUGAAGACUCUAUAGAGAAUGCUUUUCAGAGGAUUGGUGUUGCAGAUGGAAUGAUUGAUGCUGUUCCUGAGGAUGCUAAGAGGAAGAAUAGCGGGUUUUUUGAUUACUACCUCAAGCACAAAUCUUUUUCUGACCUUCUGGAAGAGGGAUUUAUCGAGUAUCUUGAUGCAAACGAGGAGAACGACUGUCUUGUGGCGCUGAAGCCCGAGGACGUUGGAGAUGAGACAACGCAUCUCGAGAUCUCAGAAUUUGCAAUUCUUGGAUAUGUUGCAGGGCUUGUCCCAUUUCCGCAUCAUAAUCAGAGCCCACGAAACACAUAUCAGUGUGCAAUGGGUAAGCAGGCGAUUGGACACAUAGCUUUGAACACGAAGAAGAGAUUUGACUCGGUGAUACUCCAACUGACAUAUACCCACAAGCCGAUGGUUUCCACCAAGAUCCUUGAUCUGAUAAACUACAAUGAGAUGCCUGCUGGGCAGAACGCAAUGGUUGCUGUGAUGAGCUAUUCUGGAUACGAUAUUGAAGAUGCGCUGAUCCUUAACAAGGCAUCGAUAGACCGGGGCAUCUUCCGUGUGGAGGUUUAUAAAACGAACACUGCUUUUUUGAAGAAGCAUGGGAAUGGAAUGCCGGAUAUGCUCAAUCCGAAUCCAAAUGAAAGUGUUUUAGAUAUUGAUGGGCUUGGAAAGCCUGGCAAGAUGGUUAAGGAUGGAAGCGUAUACGUUAAUAAAACGUCGCCAGUUGAUGGGAUAUACAAGUUUACAGGAAAGAUUCACCGAGGAGAGCCUGCAUACAUAGACAAGGUGCUGAUAGCGAAGUCCCAAGACCAGACACUGAUAAAGACAAUGAUGCGGCAGACAAGGCCGCCGGAAAUAGGAGACAAGCUGAGCAGUAGGCAUGGGCAGAAAGGUGUCAUAGGGCUGAUUGUAAAGCAGGAAGAUAUGCCUUUCAAUGACCAAGGAAUUGUUCCCGAUAUAAUAAUGAAUCCGCAUGGGUUUCCGUCUAGAAUGACUGUUGGGAAGAUAAUAGAGCUAAUUUCUGGAAAAGCAGGAGUAUUGGAAGGAAAGAUUGCAGACAGCACGGCUUUUAAGAAAAACCUGGUUGAGGAGACAUGCCAGCUUCUGGUAAGAAACGGAUACAGCUAUUCGGGAAAAGACUGCUUUACAAGUGGUACAACAGGCGCACCUUUGAUGGCGUACAUAUUUUUUGGGCCUGUGUUUUACCAGAGGCUUAAGCACAUGGUUGCAGACAAGAUCCACAUGAGGGCGCGAGGGCCAAGAGCAAUAUUGACAAGGCAGCCUACGGAAGGAAGAAGUAAGGAUGGAGGGCUGAGGCUGGGAGAAAUGGAAAGAGACUGUUUGAUAGGAUAUGGUGCAUCAUCGCUUAUUGUUGAAAGGCUGAUGGUGUCGUCUGAUGCAUUUGAAACAUAUGUAUGCAAGUCGUGCGGAGUGUUGGCAUUUAAAGGAUGCUGUGUUGCGUGCAAAAGCACAACACCUUCUAUUGUGACAAUUCCGUAUGCUUGCAAGCUCUUGUUUCAGGAGCUUAUGUCAAUGAAUAUUCUUCCUCGACUGCAUAUUGAAUGA